CCCCCGCGGCCGGCCCUGCCCGGGGUGUUUCUUCAAUGGAGAAGUUGGCGAGUGUGGCGGAGACGGGAAGGCGGGCGAGGGGCAGCAGCUGAGGGGACAGGUGGGAGCCGGCGGCGGCGGAGAGCCGGGCAGCAUCCUCGGCCAGCCCUUACAGACUUUGCGUGUCUAGUUCACGUGCCGCUGCGUGGUGUGCCGCUGCCUCUGCAGAUCCAUCAAGGUUGAGAAGCUCUGGGGCUCUGCCGUCAUCCCCACCAUGCUGUACGUGCACAAUGGUUACUAGGCAAUCCACAUACCAGGAGAGGGGACACUCUUCCGUCAGGCUGAUCCCUGUGACCUAAUGACUCCUUUGUAACAAGCGACUCAGCUAGGAUGUUACACCACCACUGUCGAAGGAACCCUGAACUGCAGGAAGAAUUGCAGAUCCAGGCCGCGGUGGCCGCUGGGGAUGUCCACACAGUGCGGAAGAUGCUCGAGCAAGGCUACUCUCCCAACGGCCGCGACGCCAAUGGGUGGACGCUGCUCCAUUUCUCUGCAGCAAGAGGAAAGGAAAGAUGCGUUCGAGUAUUUCUGGAACAUGGAGCCGACCCCACGGUGAAGGACUUAAUCGGAGGCUUCACCGCUCUUCAUUAUGCAGCCAUGCAUGGCCGGGCCCGGAUUGCACGCCUGAUGUUGGAGUCUGAAUACAGGAGCGACAUCAUUAAUGCCAAAAGCAACGACGGCUGGACUCCCCUCCACGUGGCUGCCCACUACGGGAGGGACUCGUUUGUCCGGCUCCUACUGGAGUUCAAGGCCGAGGUCGACCCGCUCAGCGAUAAAGGCACAACGCCGCUUCAGCUCGCCAUCAUCCGCGAGCGGUCCAGCUGCGUGAAGAUCCUGCUGGACCACAACGCCAACAUCGACAUCCAGAACGGCUUCCUGCUGCGCUACGCCGUGAUCAAGAGCAAUCACUCCUACUGCCGCAUGUUCCUCCAGCGAGGGGCAGACACAAACUUGGGGCGCUUGGAGGACGGCCAGACCCCCCUGCACUUGUCCGCCCUCAGGGACGAUGUGCUCUGUGCACGGAUGUUGUACAAUUACGGAGCGGACACGAACACAAGGAACUACGAGGGGCAGACCCCACUGGCUGUCUCAGUUAGCAUCUCUGGAAGUAGCCGGCCGUGUCUGGAUUUCUUACAAGAAGUCACAAGACAGCCCAGAAACUUGCAGGACCUGUGCCGAAUUAAAAUUCGACAGUGUAUAGGCCUUCAAAACCUAAAGCUACUUGAUGAGCUACCGAUUGCCAAGGUCAUGAAAGACUACUUAAAACACAAAUUCGAUGAUAUCUGAUACGAAAGAACUGAGAGAGGUUAGGAGUUCUAUUCCAGACACUUAAGAGGCUUUUCGCCUUGCACAAAGUAUAUCCUAUGCAAUUUCUGAUUUGCUGUAAAAGUCAGAAAGCAGGUAUACACUUUUAGGUUUUCUGUUUGUUUGGUUGGUUGGUUUUCAUUGUAGGGGAGGGAUUUUUUUAUAUAUAUAAACACACUCACAAACACACACAGACACCCCCCCACACACAUGCUUGAAAGUCUUAAUUUGGUUUCUUGGUCCAAGUUUAAGUGGUCCAAUCUUUCUAUACAAUAUUGCAUUUAGAAAACCCAUUUUCCUUCAAUGACACAAGCAGGUUUGGAGUGGCGCAUUCACCCUUUCCCCGUUUGUCGUCCCAUUGGUGAGCACGGUACUGUCAGCCAGCCGCACACUUGUGAAAGUUGGGAGGCGCGGCUUCACCCAGGGGGCUCCUGGGUCGUCCUGGAAACUGCCCUGAGAAAUUGUAAAGUGAUGCUGUCAGCUCAUUCAUUUCUAAUGAGCGCAGAUUGGCUAUUUCACACUGUCCUGUUCCUAAUCAAUGCAGCUUUCGGGUGACGUGCAGCCAGCACCUCUGCUCUCCUGGUGUGCUCUUGUUUUUAUCUUAUUUUUUUUAACAGCUGUUGGACACUACCCUGAGACAUUGUGUCUUAAACUUCUGUCUCUGGUCAAAUUGUGCUCUAACAAAGAUUAACAGGAAAGAAAACCUCUACAAAGCCAGUGUAUUCUGUUCUUCAAACAGUGCCUCCAGUGCAGCACCUUUGCUGGUGUGUUUUAUCCAUCAUCUCACUCGCCCUUCAUUCCACAGCCGGCUCUGACGCCCACAAGGACAGGAGCCACCGCUGUCAUUCUCCCUGCAGAGCCCUCGUGUGUCCGUUGCAAUUUCCAUUUUAAACUUUGUCUUUUUACUUCACCUUAAGCAGAAAAUUUCAUAUCCUGGUGUUAGAGUAUUCCCUAAAAAAUAGCCCCCAAUAUUGUUCAGCCGUUUGGCUUUUCCGGUUAAAUAACUUAGGGUGGUUUCGUGAUGGUUUUUUUUUCUCCCCCCUUUCCAAUUUAAAAAAUACACAUCCUCUCCAGCGGGUACACAUUUGUAAGUCUGGCUGAUUCCUAGUGGGCGAAUUAAACACUGCCCGUCUGCCUGAGUGCAGUGAAGCCCUUGGGGCGAGCGUGCUGCCCUCAGGGUUGGUGGGGCAUGCCUGCAGUGUGAGGGGGGCUAGGCUGAAGUGUGCAGACCCCUAAAGGCCCCCAGCACUGCGUCCCCUGCCUGACACCUCGUCACAUCCGAUGCAGAAGAACCUUCUCGCACGUACCAAGAUUGUUUGUGCUUUGGGAAACUUCCAGAUACUUAACACGCUCUUAAUAAAGCUGUUAGGAGACACCUACGGGACAAAGGGCAUCUCCUCACUGCUCCGAAUCUCUGGCCUUAAGUCCCGAGGUUGAAAACGGUUUCACUGAGGAGCGACCUCUGGGCUGUUUCCUGCCGCCCAGGGUCCACCCCUUCCCAGGCUGCAGCAUGGCGGCGGCCUCGGAGAACGGGCUGUGCCCAUGCCAGGCGACACACAGCUUUCCGAGGAACCCUGGCGGGUGGCACACACUCUCGCAGGUUCCCGUGUGCAGGUCUCGGGAGCAUCCCCACACCCUGGCUGGAGCCAGGGGACAGGAAUGGGUCCUCUGAUCUACAUCUCCCAAAAGUCAUCUCCGUGGAGAGGGUCCCAUGUGAAAGUCGUUCCUGCGGCCUACUUCUCUGAGCUGACCCCUGGGCCGGCACCCACACCUCGGCAGCACCAAGGGCACACACGCGUGCCCCAAAUCAGGUGUGACUUCUUUCUCCCGAAAACCCAAGCCAGGGAGGCGAGGAGGCAGGCCCCUCCCGUGUCCUGUACUCAGCUCUGCCCUUGUGACGUGCGCCAGGGGCUUCUUCCCACGUGGGUGUGCACUAACUUACUCACUUCAUGUUGCAAAUGCUUCUCUCUCCCCCAGCCAUUCAGAGGUUUCCAAACUUAAGCUAGCGUCAGGGAAUUCCAAGUGAAAAGAUCAGAUUAAGGUAAAUUCUUCCUUCUGUAUUGCUGCUGUGAUUCAGAAAAAAAAAAAAAAAAAUUAUGAGAGCUCUUCCUGGAAUUGAAAAUUUCUAUUUAAUGAAGAAGUAUAUAAUUCCAUUAUUUAUUGUUUGAGGUUUGAUUUAUCUGGAAGCUUAAAAAGAAUGUUUUAUUUUUGUUGUUGUGUUGUUGUUAAUAAAAUCCCAAUCACACACGGUGUUUACCAGUGACUGAGCAUCUUGAGGUUGGUAACUGGUGGGGUGCAGUGUUGCACCUGCAGGCCCCACCGACAGCGGGCUGGCAGGGAAGCCGUCUGUGGUCAUGGAGUGAGUGAGAACCGGCAUUUUUCUAAAUUAAUGGAUUGGUUUUUCCAGAGUCUUGACUAAAACGUUCAGAAUAUUAUCACACUUGUUACUGAUUCCUCGCUGUAUUCCUUGGUUUUGUUUUUUUUUUUUUGAAAUUCAUUAUUUAAGCCUAUUACUAAAUCUUUAUUAAAAAAAUAUAUUUGGCAAGUAGACCAAAGAAACCAGCUCAUAAAAGAUAAUGAUUGUUAAUGAACUGCAAACCUCAUCUUUUGAAAACAAGGGUGGUUGUUUUUCUUUUUUUUUCUUUUUUUGUAAAUAUUUGUGUUUAUAAAUGUACAGCAGAGUAAGAGUUUUGUUUUUUUUUUUUUUAGAUUAUUUAAUUCCCAUAUUUCUAAACUAUUUACUACAGAGUAACCCAUGCUCAUUGGCUUGGAGGACUUGACUGUUUGGUUUUUUAGUUCAUUUUCAGUCCUGCUGGGAACAGUGUUUCUGCCAGAGAGUGAGUGUUCUGGUGGCAGGGAGCGCGCACGCCUGGAGUGGGAGGGAGCCUGGCACCGCCUGUGGGACACGCCCCAGGAGGCCCAGCGCAGUGUAGUCAGCGGUGGCCCUUCCUGCUCCCCACAGACUGUGAUUGGGGUGAGGCCCGGUUGCCCACAAACUUAGCUUUCAUGUAACUCCUAGUGUGUUCUAUCACAAUGUAUUCUGUUCUUCCUUUGUAAUGUAAGUUUUGCUUUGGGUCAAUUUGAAUUAAAAAAAAAAAAAAACUUAA